AUGGUAAAUAUUGAGGAGCGUAAAAAUAAAAAUAAUUUUAAUAAUGAAGGUUCUGUUACAUUUGGGGAUGUCAAUAAUGAUAAAAAAUCAUUUACAAGGCAUAACACUACUAGAGAAGAUUCCUGGUACUUAGAUAAGGAAUUUGAACAAAAGGAUAAUGAAGAUAAGAAAGAUAAAGAUUCCAUGAACAUCAAAACGUCAAUUUUACAUGUUGUUGUGGCACUUUUAUUAUUACUUCUUUUAUUAAGACUUAAUGGUGAAUAUUUUUCAAUGAAUACUAAAGAAACUAAAUUACCAACCACUGCUGAAGAUACUGGUAGAAAGAAUCCUAAAUUGAAUAGCUCUAAUAAUAAUGAAAAUGAACAAGUUGUAAAUAAUGAAGAAAUAUUAUUUAAUGAACUUUCAACUCAAUCUGUUAAUAUUAAAAAUGAUGUUUUUAAUGAGUAUGAUAAUAAAAAUGAAGAAGUGGAUGAUGCGUUAAUGCAAGAUGAUAAAAAACCUGUUAAUAGUAAACUUAAUUCUUCAAUUAAAGACAAUUUAAAAGAAGAAAAUUUAAAAUUAUCUACAACAACUAAUAGUGAUAUUAAUGAAUUAAAAUUUUUUGUUGAAACAAAAAGUUCUGAAAAUGAUGAAUCUUCAGAUUUUAAUAUUAAAAAAAUCUGA